CCGGCCAGCAGUGACCAUCAUUCGUCGCGAACUCCUCGAGAUCAAAACACAAAACAACCAAGCCACCAUGAAAUUCCUGAUUGUCUUCGUCGCCCUCUUCGCCCUGGCCGUGGCUGCCCCCGCUGCUCCGGGGAGCGAAGCUCAGAUCCUGAGGUCGGAGUCUGAUGUCGGACCUGAGAGCUUCAAAUACGACUGGGAGACCAGCGAUGGUCAGGCUGCUCAGGCUCAAGGACAGCUGAAGAACAUUGGAUCCGAGAAUGAGGCCAUUUCCGUCCAAGGUUCCUACCGCUUUGUGGCUGAUGAUGGUGUGACCUACGAGGUGACUUACAUCGCCGAUGAGAACGGAUUCCAGCCCCAGGGUGCCCAUCUGCCCGUUGCCCCCGAGGCCUAAGUUCAGUCGCUUCCAACCAGAGCAACUGUAGUCCCUCCGUCAAUCCUUCAAAAUACCUUGUUAUUUCCCCACACUUUCCUGAAAUCGAUGAAAUAUGUCGAUUAAAAGAAAAAAUUUCCUAAGUCAAAGAAAAUAGUUUGUUGAAUAUAUGAAAAAUGAAUAAGUAA